AAACACCCUCACCUUUUCCAGAAAAUUACAUGGAAGCCCAUGUAUAUAUCUUCCAUAUCCGCCAUCUUUGACAGACAGAUCACUCAAAACUCGAUCUUUACUACAAGAGCCAAACCCCAAACACCAAUUGGUUCGAUUUAUCUUUUUCCACUAUUAAUCCUAGGGUUUUUGAUUAUGGCGGCGGAGGAGGUGAAGUUGAGCACGGAAGUUGUUGUUCCUGUUGAAGAAGAGAAUGGGAAUACUUCGGAAGCUGUGAAUGGAAAUGAGGAAGAGACCUCGUCUGAACCUUCUUCAACAUUGGACAAAGAUGAAGAUGAGAGCAAUAAAGAAGUUACAAAGAAAAAAAAGAAGAAAAAUAAAAGCAAGAAAAAGAAAGAACUACCUGAGCAGACUGAUCCUCCGUCCAUUCCUGUUACUGACCUUUUUCCUUCUGGCGAGUUUCCUGAGGGUGAGAUUCAGCAAUAUAAAGACGAUAACUUAUGGAGGACCACAUCUGAAGAGAAGAGGGAGUUGGAGCGCCUCGAAAAACCAAUGUACAAUUCAGUUCGGCGAGCAGCCGAAGUUCAUCGUCAGGUUCGGAAAUACAUCAAAAGUAUUCUGAAGCCUGGAAUGUUGAUGACUGACCUGUGUGAGACUUUGGAGAAUACAGUCCGUAAACUAAUAUCAGAGAAUGGUCUGCAAGCUGGCAUUGCUUUCCCUACAGGGUGCUCUCUGAACUGGGUUGCUGCUCAUUGGACCCCAAAUUCAGGAGAUAAGACUGUGCUUCAGUAUGAUGAUGUGAUGAAGUUGGAUUUUGGAACUCAUAUCGAUGGGUGUAUAGUCGACUGUGCAUUUACAGUGGCAUUCAAUCCAAUGUUUGAACCACUACUUGAAGCCUCUCGUGAAGCGACCAAUACAGGUAUCAAGGAAGCUGGAAUUGAUGUGCGACUUUGUGAUAUUGGUGCUGCAAUUCAAGAGGUCAUGGAAUCAUAUGAGGUUGAAAUUAAUGGAAAGGUGUACCAAGUAAAGAGUAUUCGAAACUUGAACGGACAUAGCAUUGGGCGCUAUCAGAUCCAUGCUGGGAAAUCUGUCCCUAUUGUGAAAGGAGGAGAGCAGACGAAGAUGGAAGAGGGCGAAUUUUUCGCAAUUGAAACUUUUGCAUCAACUGGAAAAGGAUAUGUCAGAGAAGAUCUAGAGUGCAGCCAUUACAUGAAAAAUUUUGAAGCAGGUCAUAUCCCAUUGAGGUUGCCCAGGGCAAAGCAACUGCUAGCUACAAUUAACAAGAACUUCUCCACAUUGGCCUUCUGCAGACGGUAUUUAGACCGCCUAGGGGAGACUAAAUACCUUAUGGCACUAAAGAAUUUAUGUGAUGCUGGCAUUGUUCAGCCUUAUCCUCCGCUCUGCGAUGUUAAGGGCAGUUAUGUCUCUCAGUUUGAGCAUACCAUCUUACUCCGGCCAACCUGCAAAGAGGUCAUUUCCAGAGGCGAUGACUAUUGAUUUGGAUGGAAAUUAAAUUUUGGCACUGAAUACCUACGUGGAUUCAUGUUCAAACUGUUAUGUUUGUUUAUUAACUUUACAACUUAAAUGAAUUACUGAAAUUCUGGUAGUAAAGAAUACACUGAUCACUAGUUUAUACUAUUGGCAUUUGACAUGUGAUUCUGGUUGUUUAAUUAUAAUCCUAUUACACUCUA